AUGCGUUUGGAGGACCUUGGUCUCCAGAAUCCCAUCUCUGUGGGUUAUUAUGAUCCCUUCAGCAUAUACAGUUCUGUGAAAGAUGAUUUUGAAUCCAAGUUUCCCUUGACCAAUCUUCACUGGAAAUAUCACCCAUUGAAACCUGUCAAGCUGAUACCUCUGCUACCUGUUCAGCUUGUCGAGGAAGUGCCCCAUAGCUCGGGAAAGCAGAAACAGCCAAUUGUUUACGACAAUGUCUAUUUGCGUUUGAUAUUUGUUCGAGCUGACAACCUCGAAGUGUACAGAUCACAGGUGAGACCCUUGAUCCAGGCGUGGCUUGGUGAUUUGGUCGAGGGAAGAGAGGUCAGCUGGGCGAUUGUGUUUAUGAGCUCGGGAAUCCACAAAGAAAAAUCCCUGACAUUGAUGAAAAAGUCUGUUUAUGAGAAAUUGGUGACUGACUUUUCGAAAAACGGGAAACACCAGGUUCUCAAAUCGCACGGUGACUUGGACGACAUUGCAGCCGAUGAAGAGGAGUUUGUCUUCCGCCUUGGCGAUAAGUACAAUAGCGAUAUUGAGAAAUUGGAGCUUUUCAACCACAUUACCACGGAGUUCAAGGGUCUUAUACUCAAAACCUUUGACAGAAGAUACAACUCAUAUAACGAGGAACUCGACAGUAUAAAAGAGACCAAAAGCAGUGAUCCUGAACUUUUGAUUCGUGAACUUUACUACAAGCUUAAACUUGUCGAUAUAGUCAGCGACAUGAGGUUCUUCGAUGAAUCCUUGGAGUUGUACGAGGAAGUGGGCGAGGCUUUAAAAGAACUGUCUACUUCUGUGAGUCAUGCAUUUGAAACUGGAUCAACAACCUUUUUAAAUACUGUGGACCAUCCUGAUUUCAACCCAGAAAAGACCGUCUUGUCACGAGAACUUCUCAAUCAAUUUGACAAAUAUUUGAGUGAGGGCGUUCCGAUCAACCUCCAGCAAACCAGUUUAAGCAUCUUUCUAGGUGCCUCAAUAUUGCUUCAGUCCCUCGCAAACUCCGCAGCAUCAUUAUCAUUAUCAUCCAUUUACAUUCUGCAUCUUUUCCAAAAAGUCAUCAAUUUCGUGAAUGAAGUCUCAGGAGGCAGAAGUCACGAUGCCUCAAUUCUUGAGUGGUCGUGUUCCUUAAUUGACUUCUAUUUGAAGCUCCCACUUACGCACAAGCUAGUUGAACUAAGUUCAGAGGGUGAAGAAGGGGCUAUUUUAUCUUCUUCAUCAGGUAUUUUUGAGUACAUCGGUGAGCUCAAGCUUGUCAAGAGAGGAUUGACAGGCAAACUAGCUAAAUUGAAGGGCAUUGAGACGCCUGAAAUAGGAUUCCUACUCGAGGAUGUCAGCCUUGACGAUAGCAACGGCUCCACUCAUAAAGCGCAGGAGUACACUUUUAAAGACCAAGCUCUCGAAGAGAUUACCGCAUCACAAAACAACUUCGAUGCAUUUUUUGAAGAAUUGACAAUGUCAGCUAUUCAGGAUUUUGCGUAUUGUGAGAGGAAAAAGACCAUCGACCUUCUUAGUGUCGACUUGGCAGUAUUGCAUUACAAAAAGGGUAACUAUCAACAGGCUUAUGAUGUUCUCCUGACCUCAUAUGAAUAUUUCAUUGAGAAUGGGUGGAGCUUCAUGGGUGGAAUGCUACUUGAAAUUUACAUCCAUUGCUUAGAAAAACUUGAAACGAAAGAUGAGAUGCAUAUUCUUGACACCAAUCUCAAGUUGCUUGCCACGCUCAAACACGAAACCUCUAGCGUUGGUGGAAUCAAUAGGUACGAAAUUGUGAAAAGUAAUGAGCUGAAGAAGAAAUUAUUGGAGCAUGUUUACGAUAUCGCUCUGAGAUUAGAGGAGCCAGUUUCAGUGUCAUUGGAUAUACUUUUUGAAACUACCGUCGAUCCCUUCAUAGAGUCAACUCAAGAUGGAAAGGGCAUAUACACCAUUGAGCUCAUGGUCAAAAACCAUUUGGGUAUGGACUUUAGGCUUGACAAACUUACAUUGGAGUUGGAAGAGUGUGGGUCAUCGCAAUCUCAAAGUAUAAAAUUCAGCAGGGAAAACAUACAGCUCUCAGAAAAACCACAACUGAAGAUACAACUUUUUACCAAUGACUUCAAGAAUAGUUUUUUCAGACCAACGCUGUUGGUAUAUAAACCGUGUGACAACCUCACAUUUGUUCAAACGUAUCUGACAGAGGGUUUGACUGAUGAGGUUCUCGAAGAUGAAACUGUGGUCCACAAUAAAAGUACCGCUGAUCUUCUCCAGCCAGGCUCAGAGAAUGGCAACUCCUUGGGAAUAUCUGUCCCUGGAUCCAAAGAACUGCAGAAGGGCCAGAUCUAUAUGUAUGGGGAUUCCGCAAACUUGAAUGCUAAAUUCAGAGUUCCGACAAAAAUUGAGCUUAAUGCCUCAGACGUUGAGCUCGCCGUCAAUCUGGGGAAUAGCUCAGUUACAGAUUUGAGUAUUGAAAUUCAGCCCUUGGAUGUUGGAGUCGAGAUUGUCGAUGGUCUGAGUCUGUUGAAACAGGCUUCAUUGGAUCCUGACAGUGAGCUCACCAAAAAGAUUCCUUACAAAUAUUUCGGAGAUAGAAAAAUUCUUCAAUUUGCUGCCACGAUCAAGUACCAUGUUGAUGAUGUGCCUCACACUUACUACGUCCAACAAGAUGUGGAUAACAGUUUGAAGAUCCUGAUAUCUGUGCAAGAUAUUUUCAGAGAGAAGUCCAUUUAUUCCAAGUUUCAAAUUGGUUGUGCUCAAUCGAGAACCCCUAUUCGUAUCGUUGGGUCAGAAUUCAAAUGCAACAGUGACAAGUAUCUUGUGGCUAGUCUGACAUGCGAUAUCAGCGAGCAAAAUACACAGCUCGUAUUUGGGGAGCAGCCAGCUUUCAUGUUCUACCGGAUCACCCCAAAAUCCGAAAUCGUCUCAUCAUCUGACACCCUUGAUUUGACUAUCACGUAUUCCAAUCUACAAAAUGAGUGCGAGGCCAAGGUGCUAGGUUUGCAAGAGGAGUAUUUUCAAAGCUUCGAACUUUUGCGCUAUUCAACACUUUUCACAGAACUUGUGAAGCUCCUUCAAUUUGACCUAAAUGAGUACGCCAUCAAUAGCGUUAUUCAGAUCAAAAAUGCUGGACAUGUGAGAACGUUGUUUCAGGAAUCAAUCGAAACCCACGUCAGAUCUGAGAAAGACAAAGCUGAACUUAUUUGCUGCAUCGACAUGAUCUUGAAAAAUACCAUCCCUGCGGAGGACAUUACAUUUGUCAGACAACAGCUAUACAUCCCAGUUGCGGUGCCUAUUUUGGAUAUUCUACACAAUGUCGAAUUCACAUAUGGCAAGAAAAUGCAGCACCUCGUUGGGGAGCCUAUUGACAUGAAACUUCAGAUUACGUCAUCGAUGAAAUGGAGCGAGGAGAAUGAAGUCCCUCAGGAGGUACUUGCGUCAUCUUCCCCCACAGGUAAAGGUGCAGUCAAACAACAGAUGUUUCAGUUCAUUGUUCAUCACGAGGAUAACUGGCUUCUCUCUGGCCUCAAGCAGCAUGCAUUCCCUGUUCUGGGACCAAAUAGCAAAAGCGAAUUCGAUUUGACCCUCAUUCCCCUCAAUGUUGGGAAGCUUCCUCUUCCCAGGGUCACAAUCAAGCCGGUCGAGCAGAGCGACAGAACAUCUACUGACACUGUGCAAGAGAAUGGGUUGGAAACGGUGUUAGUUGUGCCCGAGCUUCAGAGCAUUACUUUUUCUUUUUGA